UCAGUAGUCAGUACACCCCGGACAGCGUGCCGGGAGGAAGUAGUGUGGUGGCUGGCAUAGCUAGAACCUCCCUUACUCACCUUGGCUAACCCGCUCUGUUCGCUACAUUUUCAGCGUUUGUACCCUUACCUCGAGCGCUUUAUAUAAUUACACGUAAAUUAAAUUGUAGUGAAUUGUGAUGUGUAAUUUACCGUAAGAAUUCCCACGCGCUGAUUUUGUGUUAAGUUUAUUGGUAUGUUAUGAAGUGAGGUGGAGGGAAGGUACUACUAAGCUUCUCAGCCGUCCCCUCCCCCCACCCCCCACCGCAUCAACCAAGUCCAGCAGCGAUAACUCGAGGAAAUACUAAACAGAAAUGAAUGACAAGGAGCAAGAAGGCAUAGGGAGAGGCAAUGGUGGGGCUGGAACCAAAUCUUGGGUCCAGUUUGAAGAGGAUGAAGGAGUAGAGGGUCAGAAGGAUGGAAAGCUCACACAAAGCCCGCCAAACACUCCUGCUGUCAUUGAUGCUCAUGCAGUGCAGGUUAGUCUGGAAAACCACAAUGGAGCACCUGAAAACCACAGAAACAGUAUAACAAAGACUAUUUCUGAGCCACCCAAUGGGGUACCAAGACUGCAGGCACCACCCAGUGGAGGAGCAACAGAUAAACGGGAGACACGGGUCACCAUGUCCCAGCUCAGUCCUUCACAGCUCCAUAAUGUUCCUUUAAAUGAUGCAUCUGCAGCUUCUGCACAGACCCACCAUCCACCUGCCACUACCCAGCCAGUAGUGAGACAAGGAUUUUCCAAUGGUGAUGUGAUUGUGACACUGCUGCCUCAGAAUACGUCAAUGCCCUGGAUUACUCCGGCCCAGUUCCGUCCAGAACUUGUACCUGAGGAGCUCAUGGCACAAGGUCUGACGCUGACAGUGGAGGACUAUGUGCAUAUCAUGUCCCAGUUGGUGAAUGACUACCGCUUCACCCUGUACAACGUGUGCUACAAGCGAGUCCUCAUGGCCUGGAUCAUAAUGGGUUUUGUGAUUCUGCUGUCCAUCCUCUUCUCAGGCCUCUCCCAGUUGGCACUCUUUGGUGCUGGCAUUGGAUGGCUCAUGAUUAAUGCAGCUGCUAUAUUCUUCUGUAUGUGGAUCAAAAUUAGGCUGAACAAGUCCUUGGAACAGUGUUUGGCAGAAAUCAAUAUACAGUUACUUCGCCACAAGAUCAUUCUGGGCUUGGAUGACCGAGGGAAGCUGUCUUGUCACAAAGUCAACCUCUGCUUCAUCUAUUUUGACACUCAUGACUGUGUGGCAAAACUCCAAGAGGUAAUGGAAGAGGAGGAGCGAGCAGGCCGAGCAGUGAACAGUGAAGAGGCUGCCAAACUGCCCUCACUUCGGCAGCGCAUGGACAUUGAUGACUCAGACAUUAUCAUCACUGGUGCCACAAACACUCGCAUCUCACGGCAACAGGACCGAGCACGCUUGUUGCUGGCACGCUACAGCCAGCGAUGGGUAAAGGCCGUGUCACGAGGAGCACUGGCUAUUGCUGGUGCAGAAGGUGGUGCUGCAACCCCUACCUCCCAUCAUGUGGCUCCUCGCCAUGCCCUAACCCGACAAUGCCCCUGCCAGUACAUUGAGGACCACCUACAUUAUAAGCCUCAAGGUUGCUUUGCUCUGUGUGACGUGUGGCAGCAGGGGGGCAGCACCGUCACCAUCGUCGCCCCCCCAGCCAUCGGGUGAAACCUCGCCUCACACCUUUAUGGUGUAAUAGUCACUUGAUGGUUAGCCAUGUGUAAACAGUACUAUGUAGAUAGAUGUCAGCAGUGGAGAGAGAGAGAGAGACAGACAGACAGACAGACAGACAGACAGACAGACAGACAGACAGAGACAGAGAGAGAGAGAGAGAGAUCAAAGUAAGUAAAAAGAAGUGGAUAUCCCAACUGAUGUAUUUUUAUGUAAAAACUUGAAUUGUGUGUAUUCAGUUUAGGAAUGAGUGAAAGAAAAUAAGUCACCAAUAUGUAUGUUGUAUAGAUUGGUGCACAUGGAAUGUAUUCAAAUAGGAAAACUGAUUUAGAAUUAAUUAAACAAUGGAGAACUUAAGCAUAUGAAAGACUGAAUUUUUACAUGAAUUCAGAGAAUAAGAGAAAACUGCCAUAAGAAGCCAUUAGAUUUCUAACAAAGGAUCUGAAGAUAUGGACUUGAAAUAUGAUUCACAUGACUUUCAAUAUAAUUUUUUUAAUAAAUAUAAGGGUGAUGAAUAUUAGUUAAUAAGGAUAAACAUAAGACAAUAGGGUUUUUUUUUCAUAUUGGAAGAAAAAUAAGCUGCUGUGUUUUUGAAGAAGCAUGUGUGAAUUCUCAUUAUUAUUUGAUAGCAAUGGAAUAUUAGAAAUAAUUUUCUAUACUUUGUAGUAAUGCACAGCAUUACUACAAAUGCAUAAAGCAUUGGAACUAAACGUUAGUGAUCUAAACUCAAGGGAUACAAACAUUUGUGAUGAGAAGACAGUAUUCAAUUUUCAGAACUAAGUUUUGGUUAUUUGGUUUAUGUUUUGAAUACAAUAUUUUUGAUGAAUUGAAACUGAUAGAUUAAGAUUUCAUCUAUUAACCAAAAAUAAUGUAAUUAUUUUACUCUUAUUCAUUUUGAACAAAAUUAUUAAUUCUUCAAAUGAUCUUGUGGCAAAAUGAACAGUUGACUGAAGGUAGUUUCAUGUAGAGUUGAGUACAAAUAAAGGUAUCAUGUCAGAUUUCUUCCUGCCUCUGUUACAUUGCACAUUGGGCACUUAGUCAAGGAUGAUGGGUCCUGUGUUCAUGCUGGGAUGUUUCUGUAGUACUAUUUGUGCACAGUCUGUCUUGGGUGCAUUCUUUUCUUUUUCCUUGCUAUGAACUGCAUUUGCUCCUUUUAUCUUUCUUAGAAGUGUUCUGGUUACUUUAUGCAAAGUUGAUUUCUUGUGCUAGAAUUUUUAUGCACAUCAUUGGAAAGCCCAGAAUUAAUUGUCAAUGUAAUUAGUCUCAAUAGCAUUUGUGUUUGAAAAAAUCUGAUAUUCAGCUUAAACUUUUUUCAGUUUUUCAGUGCAAUUUUUGUUCACUUUUUUGUAACCCUUUUAUACUGAUUUAUUGUAUCUUUAGAUUUAUCCCUUUUCUUCAUAUGUGUAUGUUGCUUUUUUUUUCAGGGGAGUGUCUGACUUGUGAACAAAUGGGCAAGAUGAUGGAGUAUUACUAUGCUUGAAUUUGGAAUGAAUGUGUGCAGAGUAUAGUCGGUGUGUGCCCAGAUCAACAUUGUUCUUUGUCACUGACAUUUUACACAGGUAGUUAUGUAUUUUAUAUCUCCUGUUGUGCAACAUUUCCCUAAAGUUUGUGAUCAACAAUUUGUUAUAAACUCUAUAUAAUCUUU